AGACGAAACGUGGUAGGAUUUAAAGGGAAUGUAGUGUUGCCUUAUAGUAUUCAUCUAGUCUGAUUUAGCGAGAUGCCCGUUACUUUAUAAAAGCUAACAGAGUUUAAUAGUUAGUGUCUGGAGCCCCACCAGUUUAAAGCAAGAUAUCACCAAACACAACAUAAUUAACGUUACCCUACCGGAUGCAGAGAUUGUGCAUUACAUUGAUAUUUAAGACUGUCUACAAUAUACGUCUUGGGACACUGUGUAAGUGUCAGCCCACCUGGAAACUGGGUGAAUCUUAUCGCUUCUCUGCAAGCUUCCAACGUCUACCUAGUUUUAGGGGCAUUGUCCCCUAUAUAUUGGAUAGCUAUCGGGGUACAAAGCCCCCUCGGAAAUACAGUUAUUUCUCAGAUUCUCAUUUCAGGAUUUGCUGGCGUCACUACUUUACUAACCAGUCAGACAUGGCAGAACAGAGAUUCUGUGUGGAGUAUGCCAAACGUGGCACUGCGGGAUGUAAGAAGUGUAAGGACAAAAUCAUGAAGGGCCUGGUCCGUAUUGGGAAGAUUGUGCCUAACCCCUUCAGUGAAUCUGCUGGGGAGAUGAAGGAGUGGUACCAUGCAAAGUGUAUGUUUGAGAAGCUGGAGCGGGCCCGGGCAACCACUAAGAAGAUUGAGGACAUUACAGACUUGGAGGGGUGGGAGGAGCUGCAGGAUGAGGACAAGGAGCUGAUCAACAAACUGGUUGGAGACUUGAUGGCCAAAACUAAUGCGAGCCCAAAGAAGAAGGUGCAAGCAAAGCUGAACAACAGUGGUCAGCUAUCAGCUCCACCUGCUGACCCUUCUUUAAAUGCUCCACGAAAGUUCUCUGGCUUUACAGCUGCUAAGGCUGGAAGCUCGAGCAGCCCAGAACCCACACCAGCCAAACCCAAUCAGGGGAGUCCUUUGUCCGCUCAGCUUUGUGACCCCAAACACAAGGACUGCCUGCUCCGGGAGUUCCGCAAGCUUUGUGCCAUGGUGGCAGACAAGAAUAGCUAUAAUGUCAAAACACAGAUCAUCCAUGACUUUCUGAAGAAAGGCUCUGGAGGAGAUAAAUUCAAGGGAGAUUUGUACCUGACUGUAAAGCUGCUUCUCCCAGGGGUGGUGAAGAGUGUGUACAACCUCAACGACAAGCAGAUUGUCAAACUCUUUAGCCGCAUCUUCAACUGCAACCAGGAGGAGAUGGUGCAAGAUCUGGAACAGGGGGAUGUGUCAGAGACAGUGAGGAUGUUUUUUGAAGAUAGCAAAUCUUUUCCGCCGGCCGCCAAAAGUUUGCUCACCAUCCAGGAAGUGGAUGAAUCCCUGACCCGUCUGGCCCAGUUAACCAAGGAGGAUGACCAGCAGAAAGAGCUUGAAGAUAUAUCCAAAAAAUGUACUGGGAAUGACCUGAAAUGUAUCAUCAGACUCAUUAAACACGAUUUGAAGAUGAACUCUGGAGCUAAGCAUGUCUUGGACGCAGUGGACCCGAAUGCCUAUGAUGCUUUUAAGGCCUCCCGCAACUUAGGGGACGUGAUAGAGCGUGUGCUAAAGAACCAGGUCGACGCCUCCAACGGCUCAGGCCCCAGGAAGCUCCUCACUAUUGAGGCCUCACUCAUGACCCCAGUGCAGCCUAUGUUGGCAGAAGCAUGCAAGUCCAUUGAGUACGCCAUGAAGAAGUGUCCCAACGGCAUGUACUCUGAAAUCAAGUAUGAUGGUGAGCGUGUGCAGGUGCACAAGAACGGGGACCACUUCAACUACUUCAGCCGCAGCCUCAAACCUGUGUUGCCGCACAAGGUGGCCCAUUUUAAAGAAUUUAUCCCUCAGGCCUUUGUUGGCGGCCACAGCAUGAUCUUGGAUGCCGAAGUACUUCUCAUCGACACCAACACCAGUAAGCCACUGCCCUUCGGGACGCUGGGGGUGCACAAGAAAGCAGCCUUUCAAGAUGCCAAAGUGUGCUUGUUUGUCUUUGACUGCGUCUAUUUCAAUGGUGUGAGCCUGAUGGAGAAGCCACUAUAUGAACGAAGAAAGUUCCUCCAUGACAACAUGGUGGAGGUCCCCAACAGAAUCCUGUUCUCCGAGAUGAAGCAUGUCACAAGGGCCUCUGACCUGGCUGAGAUGAUCACAAGGGUCAUCAGAGAGGGACUCGAAGGGCUGGUCCUCAAAGACCUCAAGGGGACCUAUGAGCCAGGGAAGCGGCACUGGUUGAAGGUAAAGAAGGACUACCUGAAUGAAGGCGCAAUGGCUGAUACCGCAGACCUGGUGGUGCUGGGAGCUUUCUAUGGCAAAGGCUCAAAUGGUGGGAUAAUGUCCAGUUUCCUAAUGGGCUGCUAUGACCCUGACUCUAAGAAGUGGUGCACUGUAACCAAGUGUUCUGGGGGCUAUGAUGACGCCAUGUUGGCUCGACUCCAGAAGGAGCUGGACAUGAUCAAAAUCAGCAAGGAACCCAGCAAAAUCCCUGGCUGGUUGAAAAUCAUCAAAAACUAUUACCCUGAUUUUAUUAUCCGUGAUCCAGAGAAAGCUCCUGUGUGGGAGAUCACAGGGGCAGAGUUCUCAAAGUCAGAGAUGCACACUGCUGACGGCAUCUCCAUCCGCUUCCCCCGUAUGACCCGUGUACGUGACGACAAGGACUGGAAAAGUGCCACCAACCUAACACAGCUCAAGGAACUGUUCCGCAUCUCCAAGGAGAGGUGUGACUUUGAGGUGAAAGCAGGGCCCUCCAAAGGAGGCAAAGGUGACAAGGGCUCCUCAGAAGGAGAAAGCGGGAGUAACUCACCCCCCUCGACCUCCCACAGACCAGUCACACCCAGCAAGACCAGCAACAGCAAUACUCCCAAAGCCAAGGCAGUGAAGACUGAAGCUCCCCAACCUGUCCCAGCAAUGAAGAGGAAAAUGCCCUCAGAACAACAAAAUGCAAAAAAGGUGAAGACAGAACCUGUCCAUCACAGUAAUGGACAAAGCAAGAAUGGACAAAUCAAACCAAACCCCUCCAAGGUUGUAGAAGCUAGGAAUGAAAAGACUCUACUGGACAUCUUCAGUGGGGUGAAACUGUUCUUGCCAGACUCAGUGCAGGACCACACCAAGCUGCGGCGCUACUUUGUGGCCUUCGAUGGGGACCUGGUGCCGGAGUAUGAUGCUGCCUCUGCAACGCACACCUUGAUGGAACCCGAAGAGGACAGCAGUGCCCAAAGAGUCACCCCUCUCUGGAUCUGGGAGUGUAUCCGUAAGAGACGGGUGGUUCCCCCCUGCUGAUGAACAUUAUUCAGACCUUCCAACUCUUUUAACAUAACGCAGCAGAAUAUGCCCUCUCUGGAAAAUGCUGCAAAUUUGAAGUGUGCUUUGCUUCAAACAAUGGACCAUUAAACCCUGAUCAUGUUUUACAGCUAAGCUUAAAUCUAAAUAUGUGAUGCAAGCUAAAACUAUUAUGAACUUGGUUGAAAUGUUGCAAAUCAAUGUUAGAACUGUGUAUGGACACAAGACCAGGUCAUGGGAUAUUUCACUGGUCAUGGCGGUGUAUGAUUAGGGGUAUCUGAGUAAUGUUUCCAUCUGUGAAUGUUUCUAUUUUUUUUGGUAAUAUUUUGUUACUAAUUAGUAUUGGUUAAAGUGAACCACAAGUAUGUUGCAAAUGAGUAUUUUUUCAGUUUGGUUUCUGCAGUUUGGUGCUCAUGUCAGAACAAGUUUGAUCCAGUUGACAUUUCCCAAGAUUGAGGUCUUAUUGCAAAGUGUGUAGUGUAGAUAACACUACUUUUUCCAUUUCAGAAGAGUUGGAAAGUUUAGUGAAUCAUAAUUAAACUAGUUUGUUGUAAAUGAGUUCAGUGAUAGAAGUAUCCUGUGUCAUAUCUAGGAGUCUCUUGACAAUGAAAUGUGCUGAUAAAAAGAUGUGAUAUUUUAAAAUGAUGACUAGCAGGUGACAUUGCAAUAUAUACUUUUUUUUAAAGCCACACAUUGUUUUUUUUUUAAUGGCCAGGUGAAAAGCUAAAUUGAGCUUCAGGUUAAUUUUGUGUUCCAGAGAACAAAUGUCAGAAAUACCCUUUAAUUUAAACAAGUCUACCUUUGAUGUGCCAAUGUGUAAAAUAAACUAGUUUCAAUAUCCUUUUCCACUUAUUGACAUCAGACUUUUGACAGAUGUUUUUAUGCAGGGAGCCCAAUUGAGAUUCUUUCCCACACUUUUUCUG